AUGUAAAGGAGAUAAGAUUCAAACAAUAACAGAAUUCGAAUAUGUAUCGACCGUUCAGUUGAAGUUAGGAAUACUCGACAAAAUUUGUCGCCGUUAUAAUCAAAUCAUUUGAUAUCUCCUUAAAUAUACAAACACCUAAAAUUACCCUCAAUCAAGCAAUCAAGAUCUCCGAGUGCCAGAAAUCAAAAAAAUAAUGCAAAAAAUGUUUCAUUACUCAAUUAACAAACAACUGAGCUCAUCAAAAAGUUAUCGUACAAUAGUGUAAAAUAAAAACAUCACAGAUUCAUCACAGAAAACAAACGUAAGAGCUCAUUAAGUUAAAAUAAAUUGGAACCAUAAACCAAGUUAACUUCAAAAGUAAUUUUAAAUUGAGUAUAAGCGAACUCGAUCAAUUUCCAAUAUGGUUUCCAAAAAUUCAUUAAUUGUUUCAACAUAAUUCGAAGAAGAAGAGGAGUUGUCAAACCAAAUCAAAUUGCAUACUAAUCUCCCCUAAAAUUAAAUUAAGAUAGAAAUUAUUGAUAAAGUUUAAUCGAACUAUGAACAAUCACAAAAUAGAUAUGCAAAGUUCAAGGCACAACAAUAACAACUACAAAAUGAAAGUUAUCAAAAGAGUGAUAAUUAAGAAUUAAACAGUCUAAGACAAUCCUUAUUUUCUAUCAUCGAAAAUAGUAGAGUCUAAAGACAUAAAUUUUAUUAAUUUGGAAACACAGAUCAAUAACUAUAAUUAUUGGAACAAUUAUAUUUGUAAAACGAAAAGCUUGUUAAAAAUUAUGUCUAAAUCAGAUAAGAAGCCCAGCAACUUGAUUAGAAAGUUAAAUCCCUCUCAAAUCAAAGAAGGCAAUUUAGAAUAUAGUGA